UUCGUAACACGAAGCAAAGAAAAAAAAAUGGAGAACACAAUUCUGGGUGCGAUCCUCUUCACUGUCCUCUCUCUAGUAGUUCUCUACUUCUUCCUCACAAGAGAACAUAAGAACCUCCCUCCAUCCCCUCCUCCUCUCCCCAUCAUCGGCCACCUCCACCACUUGAAACUGCCCCUUCACAGGACCCUCCACGGCCUCUCCAGUAAGUAUGGCCCCGUCAUGACCCUCCGGUUCGGGGCCCGGCGGAUUGUGGUCGUUUCCUCGCUGCCGCUGGCUGAGGAAUGCUUCACCAAGAACGACAUCGUGCUCGCCCACCGCCCCAAGCUGUUCAUCAGCGAGCACCUCGGCUACAACUACACCACCAUCGUCACGGCGUCCUAUGGCGACAGGUGGCGCAACCUCCGGAAGAUAGCCACCAUUGAGGUCUUCUCCUCGCACCGCCUCAACAUGCUCUCCCACGUCCGGAGGGAUGAGAUCUGGCAGCUGAUGCUCCGGCUGGCCCGGGGCGGGUUCGGGUCCCACCACCGGGUUGAGCUCAAGACUCUCUUGUCGGAGCUGACGUUCAACAUCAUGAUGAGGAUGAUCGCGGGGAAGCGGUACUACGGGGAGGGCGUGAACGUGGACGAGGCGGAGGCAAGGGAGGCGAGGGGGGUGAUUAAGCAGAUUGCCGGUCAGGGCGGGAUAAGGCACUUGGGCGAUUUCCUGCCCAUUUUAAAGUUGGUCGAUUACGAUGGGGUCAUGAAGAGGGUGGUGCAGCUGAAGGAGAAGAUCGAUGUGUUCAUUCAAGGCUUGAUCGACGAGCACCGGAGGAAGAAGGGAGACCCGGAGCUCGCGGACAGCAUGAUCAGCCACCUCCUGCGUCGACAAGAGUCUCAGCCGGAAGACUACUCGGACUUCAUGAUCAAAGGGCUUGUCAUUGUUAUGUUAGUUGCCGGAACAGACACAUCAUCAAUUACAUUAGAAUGGAUAAUGACAAAUUUAUUAAACAACCCUGAAAAGCUCAAGAAGGCCCAAGAUGAGAUUGAUUCCGUUAUCGGCCACAAUAGUGGGUUAGAAGAAUCGGAUGUUGCGAAGCUACCUUACCUUCAAUGCAUCAUCUCAGAGACCCUUCGACUAAACACAACGGCGCCACUUCUCCUCCCGCACGCGUCAUCGGCUGAUUGCACUAUUGGAGGAUACUUCGUUCCACGUGACACUAUUGUGAUAGUGAAUGCAUGGGCCAUUCACAGAGAUCCUGAGUUGUGGGAGGACCCAUUGAGCUUCAAGCCCGAAAGGUUCGAGGGCAUUGGCGGCGAAAAGCAACAUAAGCUGAUAUUACCUUUUGGGCUGGGACGGAGGGCAUGCCCCGGUGCACCCUUGGCUCAGCGGGUCAUGGGGUGGACGUUGGGGUUGCUGAUUCAGUGUUUUGAUUGGAAAAAAUUGAGCGAAGAAGAGAUUGAUAUGAGGGAAGGUCCAGGAAACACCAUGCCAAAAGCAGUACCAUUAGAAUUAUUGUGUAAAGUGCGCCCCCCUAUGGAGAAACUCCUCCCUAAAGAUUAAGUUGGUCGACUAGUUUGUCACGAAAUGGUUGGAUGAUAUGCUUUCAUGCUAUAUGUACUAAGAGUGCAAAUCUGAUUUACGAGUUUCAACUGCAUAUUUUCAUCUUCCUAUUUGUUUCGGAACUUUUUAGACUAGGCUCCUAGUGUAAAGAACAUAUAUGGCGCUAAUGGUGCUCUAUGGAUUGUUCUUAUAUGAACCUAGUAUUACUUUAAUUGAGUAUAAUUAGCCUUUCUGAAAGUA